GUUUAUAUAAACACACAAACUACCUCCGCGGGUUUUACCGGACACUAAUGCUACCCUGUCCGCUCAGAAGGAGGUCAGCCCAUACAGCUGGAUAGCAGUGUCGGGAAUGUUGUUAUUGAGCCACGUUUCCGUAAAGAUAAAAGCGCAGCAAUUUUUCAUCUCCUGGUGGACUGCCCUUUGUAGUCGAAUGCAGUCCAACUUAUUUUCCAGGGAGCGAACAUUGGCAAGCAUCAUCGACGGGAGCGUUGGUCUGACAGGGUACAGGGCGGUAAUUCAUACUACAAUAGUAACAGAAGAUCCAAAGUUCCCACAGGAUUUGGAAAGAUUUAGAAAACAUAUUCACCUGUCUGUUUCAUUUUCCAACAUUGAAGAUGAAAAGCAGAAAGAGGCGAUGGUCAAAAAGAAAGGCUGUGAAGAUGAGCAAUAAUUACACUGUUACAGGACACAAGAAAUUCGAACAGGAGUGUUUAUUCUAACUUGAACAGCAAAGAACUCAACGGAUGUCACACUGGCAGUUUUCCUACUGCCUGCCACCCAUUCAGAAUCUAAGGAUUUUUGCAAGAUUAUAAUUAUUGUGUCCACUAUUUCGGAAGCCAAUUCUUUUAAAACCCGAGACCAGGGCGAUGGCUGGUGAACUCCCCUGAUAAUCAUCUGCCUGUAAACAAAAUUCCCCAAUUAAUACAGCAGUUUCAACCGCUAUCUCAAGACUGCAAGCUGCUUACAACAGUGAAGCACCAGUAUCCCCAAGCUCUGGAUAUGGACUUUCGGCUGAUUUCUCUAAUUGGAUAUCUCUACUUUUCCACACUAACGUUCAGAGCAGCAUGUGAAUUCGAGGUUUGGAUUAAUGUAAACCCCCCAGCCGUGAAAUUUGGAGACUCUCUGGUGGUGACCUGCAAUACAACGUGCCCAAACUCAACAAUAAAUAUAGAAUAUAAACGAGGAAUACAACCCAACAGAACUGAAGAUAAAAACCAGAUCAGAGACUACUUUGCAAGUAUCCAGAAAUGGGAUUUUACAACACCUUGCAGUGUACAAUGUCCAUCGCAGAGUAAUGAAAAAAAGGAAAGAAAAGAGGUGGUUACGGUGUACAAUCAAGAGUUAAAUAUUUCAUCUUAUGAAGUGCAAGAAACUGGCAAACCAUAUAGCCUGGAGUGCAUUGGUCCAAGGGUCUAUCCAAGUAACAAACUCAUACUUACUUGGCUGAGAGGGAAUAAGAUUAUUCAGAAUAUCUCCAAAGAAGAACAAGGUUUCCCGGAUAAUGAUAAAAGAUUGAGGAAUGUCUUCAAUUUCACUGCAAGCAUUUCCGAUCAUCAACAGACGUUCACCUGUUUGGCACAAGUGGACUUGGGCUAUACCAUAAUGCCAAUCGCAAACUCUUCAAUAAUUCUGGAAACUUACUAUAAACCUCAAAAUACAGUCAUAUCGGUAAAUAAUAAAACCGUGUCCGAGCUUCCAGUACUCAUCAAAAAAAGUGAUGAGGCCAUAAUGGCCUGCAGCUCCAAUGGAAACCCCCCUGUCAAUAUCGAGUGGAAAGACCCCCGUCAAGGCAGCAAGUAUGAGACUCAGCCUUCUGGAGUUCUCCACAUUUCCCAAAUAAAAUCAGAACAUGGAGGAAUUUAUAUAUGUAGAGCAAAAAAUCAAUUUGGAACUGAUGAGAAGACAGUGAUCAUCAGUAUCAAGGGUGUCAAAGAUGAAAAAUGGAAACUGGUGCUGCUUUUUGCAGAAAUUGUAUUUUUUCUAUCUGUUAUAUUUGCUCUCUUCUGCUGUUUUACAAUAUGCAAGCACUCAAAAAGCGGAAGCUAUAAAGUGCGGGAAGAUUUAUCAGUCUUCAGCAAAAUACAAGAUGAGGAAAAAAUACCUUUGGAUGAAUAAACUCAAGGCAUAACAGCUAUUCCAAACAAGUUUAGCCAAUAUAAAGAAAGAAUCAUUUGUCCAAGAUGAACUACUGCUCUUUAUAUUGUUUGUUACUCAGAGUAAGAAAUAAGUGCAGCAUAAAGUGUGACUCACAGUACUCUUUAUUCUAACCACAAGGUCUUCACAGUUAUUUGCAAAGAUAUAGUAGAUUAGUGGGAAAUUUUUAUGAAUCAUUUGUACUUAAGAUUAUUUUGAUUUUCACACACUGGAAAAUGACCUGGACUCUGGACUUUUUGAAGCUUUAUCACUCAGAGUAUUCACAACAAACAAUACGCCUCAUGCACUUUCAGCAUUCAAUUCCAUCAUUACAAAUAUGUAUCUCAACUCUGUUUUUCUGAUUUGCUCUUUAUUGAUUAUCCCAGUCCUGAAAUGUUCAAAUGAAUCGAACCAGUUUCACUGACACAAUGGGCAGAUGGUUUGAGAAUUCUAUUUCCAUUUGUGUGAAAAGGUUACAGGAACUUUUCUUCCAACUAAAUGAUAUAAAAAGGAAGAAUGUAGGAUCAUGAAAAGGUCUGCAAUAUGGCAGUCCAGUUCUUCAUGAGAUGUAGGUGCCACUAGCUAGGCCAAAUUUACUGCCCAAUCCUAAUUGCCCUUGAGCUGAGUGGUUUGCUGAGUCAUUUCCAAGAGCAGUUAAAUAUUGCUGUGCUGCUUGGUGUAAUAGUUUUGUGCAAGUAAACAGAUUAAUGUUUUGAUUUUGUUUUUUCCAAACAUUACCAGAUUAUAUUGUAUCUUAAUAGUAAAGGUAGAUCAAUGGAAAUAUUAUAAGUCAUUUCUCAAAGUUUUACCUUCCAAAAUAAUGUCAAA